ACACGGUGUCUUAUCACAACGAAAUUCGAGCCCAUAUCAGAUUAACCUGUUUUCGUUUUCUGUUUAUCAUGGCCCCUCCGGCCGCACGGCAGCGGUAUAAUGCUAAUAAAUUAGACAAUGGCAUCGGCCUAACAAAAAAACCACCUAGGAAAAUUGAUAGCAACCAAAGAAAGGAUUUCAAGAAGAGUUCAAGUGGGAUGAAAACAAAUGCUUCUGUUGUGGCCACAAAUACUAGAACGACAAUUGUACCAAGUGUAGAGACUGCAUUUAAGACUUUUAUUAGUGCGCGUUUGUGUAGCGCUAUUUGGGCAUACAUAUCUGAUUGCGACGAAACUUUCAACUACUGGGAGCCACUUCAUUAUGUUAUUAAUGGCCACGGUAUGCAAACGUGGGAGUAUAGCCCACAAUUUGCUCUACGCUCCUAUACAUAUCUGUUAUUGCAAGGUGUGCCCGGCUGGAUAUACCAAAAACUCUUCAAUCCAAGUCCAAUUCUUAUUUUCUACAUGAUACGAUGUAUUUUAGGAUUUGGUUGCGCUGUUAUGGAGCGUUUUAUGUAUAAAUCGAUCUGCCAAGAGUUCGGGAUACACAUAGGACGGCUAUGGUUGAUUUUUCAGCUUUUCAGUGUUGGCAUGUUUGUCUCAAGUGCUGCUUUAUUGCCAUCAUCUUUCUCAAUGUACUUUGGAUGUGCCGCUAUUGCUGCAUGGUGGCAACUGAAGUAUAGUCUGGCGAUAUUUUUUGUGGCUAUUUCAGCUUUACUUGGCUGGCCUUUCUCAGUCGUAUUAGGUGUGCCAAUCGCUUUAGAUAUGCUGCUACGUAAACGGUUGUGGAGGACGUUUUUAACAUGGACGUUGAUUUCUGCAAUUACCAUCGGAAUUCCAAUGGUUGUUAUCGACAGCACCUACUUCGGUAAAUUAGUUAUCGCGCCAUUGAACCUAGUAAUGUACAACGUUUUCACCAGCCAUGGACCGAAUAUAUUUGGCACCGAACCAUUCAAGUAUUACAUAAUCAAUGGAUUCUUAAACUUUAACAUCAUUUGGAUGUUUGCUCUAAUUACACCGGUUAUGCUACUGAUUGAUCAUUUUGUGGUACCAGCAAAAUCCAAGUCAACGUUAAAUUUUCCACGGUAUCUAUCAUUAGCGCCUCUAUAUCUCUGGCUGCUAGUUUUCUUUCCACAACCACAUAAGGAGGAACGCUUUCUUUUCCCCAUUUAUCCGCUAAUAUCACUGUGUGGCGCCAUCACUGUUGAUGUUUUUCAACGCAUUUUCUAUCGGCUAAAGUCAUUAUUAGCGGUUAAGAGUAAAACUGCGGUGGGCUCUCACUAUCUGGAGCACACAAUGUUCAUUGCUAUUUUCGUUAUGCUUGUAAGCACUUUGUUAGGUUUGUCAAGAGUAUUUUCUCUGUAUCGAAACUAUCACGCACCAAUGGAUAUUGUUAUGGAACUGAACAAAUUUAAGACGUCCGAGCAAUAUCAAGAUGACAGAGUAUAUAAUGUGUGCAUUGGAAAAGACUGGUACCGUUAUCCAGGUAGCUUCUUUUUGCCGGCCAAAAAUUUCCGCUUACGCUUUUUGAAAUCGGAGUUUCGGGGCAUUUUACCAGUUUACUAUACGGACGGAAAAAAUGCUACACAAGUAGUGCAUCCAUAUUUCAAUGAUAUGAAUCAAGAAGAUGAAAGAACGUAUUUUAAUUACAAUAACUGCGAUUUUUUGAUAUAUUUCGAUGAAGGGAAAUAUACAGAGCUGGAACCCAACUACUCCAAUUAUACCAAAGAUUGGAUCAACACAAAAACAUUACCAUUUCUUAUUCAAGAGAAAUCACAUAGGCUCUUCAGAGCUUUUUAUAUACCAUUUUUUACGGACGACUAUAUUUCUUACGGGCAUUUCAAUUUACUUAAGCGUAAAAUAAAAUGAAGUUAAGGAAUAACGAUA